AUGAAGACCUGUAAAGCCAGUCCCCUGGAGAACGGGAUGGGCUGUGUGGUGAGGGGCAGCUCAGAGAGGAUGGAGAGUGGGACAGGCUGUGUGGUGAGGGGCAGCUCGGAGAGGAUGGAGAGCGGGACGGGCUGUGUGCUCAGGGGCAGCUCGGAGAGGAUGGAGAGCGGGACAGGCUGUGUGGUGAGGGGCAGCUCGGAGAGGAUGGAGAGCGGGACGGGCUGUGUGCUCAGGGGCAGCUCGGAGAGGAUGGAGAGCGGGACGGGCUGUGUGCUCAGGGGCAGCUCGGAGAGGAUGGAGAGCGGGACGGGCUGUGUGGUGAGGGGCAGCUCGGAGAGGAUGGAGAGUGGGACAGGCUGUGUGCUGAGGGGCAGCUCGGAGAGGAUGGAGAGCGGGACGGGCUGUGUGCUCAGGGGCAGCUCGGAGAGGAUGGAGAAUGGGACGGGCUGUGUGCUCAGGGGCAGCUCGGAGAGGAUGGAGAACGCUGCCAAGAGGAGGCUGGCUGCCAACGCCCGCGAGAGGCGCCGCAUGCAGGGGCUCAACACGGCCUUCGACCGCCUGAGGAAGGUGGUGCCGCAGUGGGGCCAGGACAAGAAGCUGUCCAAGUACGAGACCCUGCAGAUGGCUCUGAGCUACAUCAUGGCUCUGACCAGGAUCCUUGCCGAGGCCGAGAGGUUCAGCAGCGAGCGGGAGUGGCUCAGCCUGCACUGUGAGCACUUCCACGGUGACAGCUACCACCAGUACCCGGCACAGAAACCCACGGCCGACAGCGACCCGUACGCACACAGGCUGUUCAGCUACCACCCCGAGCACUUCCAGAUUGCUAACUAGGGCUUCUGACAGUGUGCAGCAAGCCACAUGUGUAAUUUAAUAGUUAGCAAGAGUUAAUCUGCUUGACUAAGGUAAUAUUGCUGUUAUAAUAGCUCAUUCUUGUUUGCAUCUUACAGUCA